AUGAUACGAAUUGACUUCGAAGGUCUAGAUCUUACCAGGCUCAAUCAUCGAAUAUUUGUUGGCAUCAAUGUCACCUCGACUGAUGCUAACGCGCUGCUGUCGGGUCCAGAUGAUGGGACAUCGCAAGCUUCCCACCUCAACAUACUGGGUCCCACAUGGGUGUUUACCGACAAUGCAUCCCUGGCCGCCAUAUUGGCCCAGUUGCCCUUUUUACAAUCCGUGCUCAUAGACAGAAGCACCAUAGAUUUGGCAAGGACCAUUACCAUGUCAUCCAUGAGGUGCCUCAUACUCUGGAAUUGCCACCUCACAUCUUCCGCAUUGCACUAUCUAUUGACCGGGAUGCCGACGCUAUCAUUGUGUUGCAUCGGUGGUCUGUCUAUCUCCAUGAGAUACUUGCAUUGCACUGACACCCGUCCACUAUCCCUUCCCGUUACCCUCUCUAUGUUGCACCUAAACCUCACUUGUUUACUCUGCUGUGACUCUGUCUCCGAUGAAGACUUGGAGGGUCCACUCGCUGCGAAGCUACACAGCUAUUUCUCAGACUGGAUCCUUUGGUGUACAACACCCAUCCUACUAUCCACUCUGCAGCUCAGUUUGUCUGUGCAGGAUGUCCGUCUUGCCCGACACAUCAUCGGACUAGCAAGCACAACACUACAACAUUUAACUCUCAAGUACCUAGACAAUGAGAGCGGAGAUGCAUAUCUUGAUCUCAGUGCCAUGUUUCAUCUAGAAACAUUUACCGCUGAAGUGCCAUACAGGCACCUGGAGAGCUGUGUCAGAAGCUUGAUAUCCCUGUCAUCAUCUAAAGCAACUGUCAUGGAACUCAGUAUCCCAGUUACGGACAUGCUCCAUUCGUACGAGGCGCUGUGUGCGCUGGAUGAACAUUUCUAUUAUCACGGCAUGAUUCUCUUUCAAAGCUGA